UGUCGCGUCCCUCGUCCACGAUAGCGGGCGCAGGAGCACGAUGGUCGUCUUCCGGGUUGCCGUUUGGCAGGAGUUCAGUCGGUGCCGGUCGGUCCCGAGAACCGUUCACGUCUGGACAUCCUGCGGGGCGCAAAAUCUAAGAUGGCAACAGAUAUGUACAUUUGAUAGGACGGUCCAUUCGAUCAGGAAGAAAGCCGAUUCAGUCUUAACGUAACGCGCGAUAAUGAGCGAGUGAAAAUAGAAAGAAAAAAAAGAGAGAAAGAAAGAAAGAGAAAGAGAGAGAGAGAGAGAGGAUCGCGAUGAACGAAUAAGUACAGGUGCAACAUCAUCAAUCGCGCAUUAUCCGAGUGGGAGGGAGGGGGGGAGGUGCGAUAUUACCCUCUUUUUGGCACGCAUAAUCGUCGAGAAGAGACCGGAUCGAGAGUGGACUGCUAGUCGUGCUGCUACGGAAGUUAGGAGCUCUAGACGACAUGCCCGUGACGAAUCGCAACGGAAGAUAAAAGGUGGGACCUAAGGAACGAGCAUCUCAUCCUAAAGGGAGCAGCGGGAGAAGAAAAUAUGGGAAAAGGGGACAAGAGAGGCAUCGCGCAGCGCAGUGAUGGUGCCAGCACCAAUCUCGUCGGCAAAUUUACGCAGAGCGUUCGAAGGAUCGUCCAGGACGUGAAGGAUGAAGGCACUUCCAGUGGACAAACGAAGGAGGAGGUGAUCGAGACGAACGAGAGGCUGAGGGUCGUCAGGAUACGCCUGGACGGCAGCUACGACACCGCCAAGAGAGCUCUUGUGGAACUGAUGUGCAAGUACACCGACAGCAAGCAAGUCCGCAACAUCUUUCAGCGUUACAAUCUCCUCAAAGUUAUGAUCAAGGACGUAAUUAAGCUGGAGACGCAAUAUUGGACGCUGGUGGAUAUACCGAGACAGGAGAAGCAGGAGACCGUGCCCGCCUUCGUAUUGCGUGCCUGCUCCAUCAUGGAGAAGACCCACAAGAGCGGUGAAGGCGUGAAAACUUCGGCGCGUCUCGCCGAGGAAGCCGAGACCAAAAGGGAGCGUAUCGAGAGACUCGAGAGUAUGACGACUGCGCAAAUCGAGGCGGAGAACACCCAGAUGACCAAUGAUCUUUACAGAUUAUUGAAGAAAUACACGGGUCUCAGGAAUCUCAUCAAAGAGUUAAAAGAGGAGUACAACAGCUCGAAGGUGUAUCCAAUGUUCCCGCGUUAUACGAUACUGAAGGAUAUGAUAAAGGAUAUAAUGCACAACCCGGACUACAUGGAGGUCUGUCACGAGGUGGACCAAGCAUAGCGGCCGGACCCCCUCCACCGUUCGCCACGUAUGACCCUGUAAAUUCCUCGGGGUCUCCGCGUGGUAGUCGGUGAAGGGGGUGAACCACAAAGCGCUUCAACUGACGAUUUCAGUUUGGAACAGUAAAUCCCUGCAAUUUUUUUUUUCACAUCCUGUUCUAUAUUUUCGUUUCCCUAUCCAUGUCUUAUGCAAGUCGUCGUACGAAUCUUGGAGCAACUCUGGAGCAUCAAGUUGCGUUUGCGUUUAUACUUUUGUGAAUCGUAUACAAUUUCUCGCAGGUAAGUUAGACUCAAUCCGAGCGAGAAAUGGGAGAUAAUGAAGGAUUGGGUUUCGUGCGAUAGUGCAUUAUCGAAUGUCGAGGAGUAGCGAUGAGCCCUCUCGUCUGUAACAGCGCCGCAACAUCACGAAGAUGGAAUAGUCGGGAAAGCAAGGUAUGUCAUGAGAUCACUUUAAUUUUCGCGAUAAUUAGGCUGCAAUUUCGCGAAAAUUCCGCAAAAUUUCAGCCUAAUUAUCGCGAAAAAAUUGAAAGCAAGAAAUGU